CCAGGCUAGUUUUGAGCGCUACUCCUACAGCGUUCUGCCUCCACCUUAUAACAUAUUAAUUUACCUCAACGUUGUAAAUAUUAAUGCUUUAAAUUUUUAUACAAAAUAUGUUAAAUCUUUUUAUAUCAAAUGCACCAUUCUGCGUGUAAAAGCUGGCUAAUUAACCAUACUAUAAUGGCUAAUUAAUGGUUAAAUAUCUGCAAUGAUUGUUUUACGUUCUCUGCUGUGCUCUGCUGUCCGCCACAUCGGUGUUUCUAGUUUCUGGAAGCUUAAUGUGUCUAAAAGGAAAACAGGAGCAGCUUUGUCCGUCCAACGUUGGUGUUCUUCGGAAACUUCUGGGUUAUCAUCUGAUCCACUGAGCUCUGGAAAUGUCAAAUAUGAGCAGUUAAAGAAAUAUUUUGUAAGGAGAUUAAAGGCAACAUAUAACAGGUUCCACAGUAUACCUGAUUACUCAGUGGUAUGUGGAUGUCACCAUAUAUACUUUGUUAAGGAUGAUGGCAUCUACAGAGCAGACAAAAUAGGUAGUAAGCUGGAGCCUGAACAGGUGUUGAAUCUGGAACAUGUAUCUAGGGGGAAAAGGAGGACGAAAGCAGAGAGUAGUGAGAGCUUUCAGUGGACAAUUCAAAGGAUUCGUCUGUCACCACAAGAAAAGCAUCUGGCUGCCACAUUAAAAUCUAGUCACAGAGAAGAGCUACGGUGUGUUGUUGUGAGGCUUUUUCCCUCCCACCACAUCCUCCUUGAGCUUGAGAAUGUCUUCAGCUUCGAGUGGGCGACGGAUGACGUCCUGUUUUACACCACUUUGGAAGGCCUGCGCUCCAGCUGCGUGUCUCGCCUGGACCUCAGCUCUGAUUGCAGGGGCCAAAUAUCGUCUGUGUACGAGGAAACUCAGCCUGAUGUGUUUGUGGAGGUCGCCCUGAGCCGAGACAGGCAGAUCCUCACCAUCAACUGCAACAGUAGAACAAGUUCAGAGGUGAUGCUGGUUGAUGCGACAAAGUCCCAUUUAGAGCCUUUGGUGAUUCAACCACGUCAGCUGGAUCUCCUGUACCAUGUGGAGCACUGGAAAGGAUGGCUCAUUAUAUUGGCAAACACAGGACCAGCAAAAGAAUAUCAGGUGAUGCAGUCUCCCAUUUCUGAACCAUCCAUGGCCUCCUGGGUGUCUUUGUUUUCCCCUGGCCUUGGCACUGCUAUCAAAGACAUGGACGUAGUUGGAGACUACUGUUUGUUGGUUGUCAACACACCAGCCUGUACCCUAGCUUUAACUGUGAUGUCACUGAGCAAUCCCAAGGAAACCUACAGCAUACAGCUCCCAUCCUGGGCUUGUGCUAUUGACACCAAGAAACCAGGCUUAGCAGAUCAGCAAGAUGUGUUUGAGUUCCUGUUAUCAUCUCCAGUCCACCCACCAGUGCCGUUUUCUUUGGAUCUGAGGAAAGGACUCCUACUGUCAGCCACAGGAAAGCAGGCCUUUUCCAAGAGCCAAGAAAAGUAUUUUACUACACGUCUAGAGGCCUGCAGCCAGGAUGGCACCUUGGUUCCAGUGUCGCUGCUCCAUGCCGUACCUGUAGAGGAUCUGAGCUCGGUGCCUUUGCUCGUCCAUGUCUAUGGCUCUUAUGGUAGAGAUCUCAAUAUGGAGUUCUGUCCAGUCAAACUUUUUUUGUUAGAACAGGGAUGGGCACUGGCCUACUGUCACAUCAGGGGUGGAGGGGAGCGUGGUCUUUCUUGGCACAGGGAAGGCAAAGUAGAAGGAAAGGAGAAGGGAGUGGAGGACAUCCAGGCCUGUCUCCAUGAGCUUUUCUCUCGGGGAGUUUCCUUUCAUUCAAUUGCUGCCCUUACAGCGUGCAGCGCUGGAGCUGUACCAGUAGGGGCGCUGUGCAACAGGAAGCCAAACAUGAUGCGGGCUGUAGCGCUGCAGGCUCCUUUUCUCGAUGUGUUGGGAACUAUGGAGAAACCCAGUCUGCCUUUGGAGGACAGAGAUGAAUGGGGGGACCCAGUGGGAAACCUGAGCCACAGGCACAUCAUCGCCUCAUACUGUCCCCUCCACAACAUUACCCCUCAGCUCUAUCCAUCUAUGUUGCUGACGGCCUACAGUGGUGAUCCCAGGGUUCCUCUGGAAGGUGUCCUCAGAUACACCAAACUAAUAAAGAAAGCCAUUCGUUCCCACAUCGGCACGACGUUGAAAUCAGACUUUGAACAAGCGCCGAACAUAGUUGUGAAUGUGCAACCUGGAGUAAAUCACCUCGGACCAGAUGAUUUAGUGCAGACGCUGCAUGAGGAGGCCUUUAAGCUUGCGUUUCUAUACGCAGAGCUGGGCCUGGACACUCUGCUGCCUCGACGCAGGAGGAAGAGCUACAGUAGCAAGGAAUGAAGAUCUGUAUUUGAAGUACUCAAAGUGUUUUACUCUCCAUGUUAAAAAAGAGAAAGACCUCCAGCUCACUCAUCGAAAAUAGUUUGCUUUAUUGCAUUGCAUCAUUCCCUCUGCAUUAAAAUCCAUCUGUGGAGAAUGA